UCAAGCCAUUUGGUAAAUCUGAUAGAAAACUUGAGAGUUCUGGCCGUGUAUUACGUAUUCACAAUAUUGCAUCGAUCAAAGAACAACCCUCAAAGAAACGUUAUAACUCUGCCAAAGUGUCUAGUAAGACAAAGACCAGUG